CGACGUCAUUUCCGGGCGACGACCAGCCUGGGUUCCCCCCUUUUACUCUAAAGUCUGGAGAGAGAGAUGAGUGGCGAUGAUGAGCUGAAUCUCUUAGUCACUGUAGUUGACACAAAUCCAAUCUGGUGGGGAAAGCAGGCAUUGGCAGGAUCAGAGCUUACGUUGUCAAAAUGCCUUGAUGCAACCAUGGUGUUGGGGAACUCACACUUAUUUAUGAACCGCAACAACAAGCUUGCUGUUAUAGCCAGUCAUAUACAAGAAAGCCGUUUCCUGUACCCUGGAAAGCAUUGGGCAGCUCUUGAUCUCUUUGCUGAGGCUGGUGAAUCUAACAUCUCUGGUAGCAAGGAUGGAAAGUAUGAGUUACUAACAACUAUAAAUGAAACAAUUGCGGAGGAGAUAAAGGAUCUCAUGACUAAUACAGAAAUAAAAGGGCAACAGACGGAAACGUUACUGGCAGGAUCUCUCGCUAAAGCACUUUGCUAUAUUCACAGGGUGAGCAAAGCAGGAUCAGCCAGCCAGGAAAUUAAAUCCAGGAUAUUGGUCAUAAAAGCUGCUGAAGACAGUGCAUUGCAGUAUAUGAACUUUAUGAAUGUCAUCUUUGCAGCCCAGAAACAGAAUAUUUUGAUUGAUGCCUGCGUUUUGGAGUCCGAUUCGGGGCUCUUGCAGCAGGCUUGUGAUAUUACUGGUGGUAUUUACUUAAAAGUCCCGCAUAUGCCAUCACUUCUGCAGUAUUUGCUGUGGGUUUUUCUACCAGAUCAAGAUCAGAGAUCCCAGCUAAUCCUCCCGCCUCCUAUUCACGUUGACUACAGAGCGGCUUGCUUCUGCCACAGGAAUCUCAUUGAAAUCGGUUACGUCUGCUCCGUGUGUUUGUCAAUAUUCUGCAACUUCAGUCCAAUUUGCACCACUUGUGAGACUGCCUUCAAGAUUUCGCUGCCAGCGGUCAUGAAAGCUAAGAAAAAGAAAUUGAAACUAGCCAUAUAAGAACAUCAUUCAAGUCUGUUAUCUUCUGUGUGCAAUUUCCCAGUUCAGAUUGUAGCUGCGGUGUUUAUAGGAUGCCAGAAAAGAAGAGGCCUGUGUUCAAACAGAAAGAGAGCUAAACAUUUCAGAGCAACUGCAUAGAGUUGGAUGCCACCAGUCUAUUCCAGCAACAGAUGAUAGCACAAGCGUUAUAAAGUCAUGAUUAAACUGCAACUGCCUUAAAUCCACAACUGCAGCUAUUGGAGACGUGAAGACUGGAUCUUACAGCCCCAAGAGUGAGGUGUGACACUUCUCUAAGCGAACUUCCUUGGACCAACUUCUCUAUUUGGGACAAGUCAAACUAAGUAAUCACAUCUUCCUUCCAAAAAGAAAGCCCCAUUUAUUUAAAGAUUUUUUGUAAAGCAUGGAAACUUCAGGGCUCCUUUGGGCUGAUCCUACAGGGCCCCUCUUGACUUAAUGAAUGAAUGGAGAGAACAGCCCAGUUUAAAGAUUGCAGAAGCAUUGGGCUCUAGAUUGCUUUAAGCCAAGCUUUCAAUGAUGGUUAGCAAUGAUUCUUAAAAUCUUUUUGCUUUUCUUUUUUCAAAAGCAAUAGGUGCAUCUGCAUGGGGUGUAUUCUAGGCUCAUCCAAGCAGGUAGCUUGCUCAGCCAAAAUGUGUGCCAACACAAUGAAACAAGCCACAAGCCAAUCAUAUCCCUGUGAAAAAGCCUAAGAUGCUUCCCAACGCUCUGCUACUUACAUCUGCUUGAUCAUUUUAAAAUGGAGAAUCAGCUAUGCUCUUCCUUUCUAGACAUCAAUAAAAAUCCACCGUGUAACACAAAGUGGGCUGAAUCAGUUUGGAGGAUUGAGAGGAGUUCAGUCUUCCAUGCUGGCUUACACUGGCAAUCUUUUCUACUUGUGACUUAUCCUUUUUCUCGUUUGGAAAUGUUUGCUGUUUGGACAUGUUACUUGUUUAUCUGCAGUUUUCAAGCAGCAAGUUCUGAGAAUUUUAGUCCAAAGGUAAUAUUCCAAGUUCUGGGUUUUGCCAUCCACAAGGGAAGACCAGGCUCUGGUGUUCUCCGUUUCUGAAUAUCCAACAAGGAGCAUUUGCCAUGCGAUUUUACUUCCGUGAGUAUUUCACAUACUGAAAAUGCCAUUUCUGCUUGCCUGUACUUUUAAAAAUUGUGUCCGUGCUUCCUGACCCCAAAUCUAAAGAUUUAUGUCCUAUUUGAUGAUCCGGGAGAAGCCAGGGCUCUGUAGACUGUGUAAUUUAUUGACUGACUUGCGUGUUGUGUUGAAUCAUUAACAGUUUGCCAGAGAAAUGCUGUUGUGUUUUAACACUUUUUGUAACUUUUCCUGAAUAAAGUGUUCCUAAGAAAA